AUGGACGAAGCUCAUGUCAAACUGCCCGAUGGACACCUUGUGAAUCUCUCACCACGACCGAUACGCCAAGGUGCCUACAAAGCGUACCGAGCAGAGUACAAGCCAUCGACGGAGGCCUCGGCAACACCUCCACCCCGAUACCUGCAAGAAGGAAGAUCAUCAGAAUACGCUGUUUCAGGAGGCGCAUCGGGGAAUAUCUCGCAACUGCCAAAAGCUACCAAGCUGCCGGUCCCGAGGAGUCUCGCCGAAAGUCGUAAAGAUGAUUCGAGUCGAACGCCUAGUCCCACUGCACUUCCUAAACCGUCCCCAGCCAGCCACUCCUCGGAACGGCUCGGUGACCAGUCUAGAUCAUUAGACAAAGGCCACGAUCAAUACUGGAGGAAAAUCCGUGAUAAGUUGGAGGAGUCGCCGUUAUUAACCGGACGUGCCAGGAGCAAGGAAGGCAACAAUAACCAUUCUCCCAACUCGCGCAUAUCCUACCACCGCAGCAGACUUCCCGCCUGCACUACUCCACGAUCGAGCAUCCCGAGCCCAGGCACUGUCAAUAGCAGUCCCGCGCAAGGGUCGAGGAACAAUGCUUCCACCACCCUUCCUAUGGACAGCCAAAACAAAUGGCGGAAGCAAGACGACCAAUGGGUGCUCAUGAAUGUUACCGAAACCACGUCCCAGAAAUCAGCGGGGACACAAGCGACGACUGAUUCCAGCCCUCGAUCUCAUCCCUCCGUUUCGCCAGUGUCCGCCGAGAACAGUUCUGUCACUGACUGGGAAGACCGAUUCGUUGUGAAUAUGCCAACUGCAAAAGAUCCCAGUCCGCCAAUGAUGACGGCUCAACAGAUUGCCGAGUAUCAAAGAAGCAUUGAAAGGGUACACCGGGACGGUGGGCAAAUGGCAGACCCGGACACAGUGCCUAGUCGUAACGUGUCUCCCGAGAUCAGAUUCAACCCCAGCGAACAAAAAGUACAGAGCCCAAGGGGUGUCAUCACAUACGACGGGGCGUAUGACGGGGCGUAUGACGGGGCGUACGACAGACCUCAAGUGCCGAGCUUCUCGCGAGAUGAACGUUGCCCAUCGCCGCAGCCUCAGCAAGAUGCUCAGCUGGAGCAACUUUCACAGCCUCACCCCCAGAAGCCCCAGCCCACGACUGCGUCGCAACGUCAAAUAGCCAACCGCUACUACAGCCCGGAUGAAAUCGGGUGUAAUCGGAUUAGCACAAUUUGGGAGGAAUCGCCCACGAAACCCAAGGAGAAGCGACGCCCCCAAAACGCGGACGGGUCUUUUUUAGGGUGCAGGGAAAUAUCCGGGGAGAAGAAUCCAGACGAAAUCCUCAGGUUCGCUUCCCCAGACGAUGCCAGUCUCCAUCCACUCCCAUUGGCCCUGGGUUCCAAAAACAAGCAAAAGGUGUCGAAGGAAGUGAAGAAAGCGACAGACCGAGAAGCCACGCACAGAGUCGAGGAGACGACAAUCCUUCGAGAAGAGCGACCGCAAAAUUCUCAGAAUUCGAGACCUGCCCAAUGCUCGAAGCCGUUUGCCAGGUACCGGGAUCGGAAUUGCUCCCAGAACCCAUCUCCAAUUCCGCGGACGAGGUCCCAGGAUUCAAGCAAGGAGAAUUACCAUCCUACCAGCAAUACGCCUGCGGGGUCCGGAAGCCUGGAAGAAAGCCGGGGGGACGACGAUGUGUUCAUUAUCACACCCACUAUCACACGCACUAUGAUUCCCAUGCCCGACAAGAAAGCAUCUUCGCCAAAGCCGCAAGGGCUGCGUCGUCCUGGUGGCACAAAUCACAUAGUCACCGCCGAGGCGAUCAAGGCCGUCCGGGCAAAGGCUCAGAUGAUUUCCACACCACCGGGAUUGCGGCCCGGGGAACCCACCGUGGAUAUCAAGCCAACAGGUACCUUGACAACGUCUCAGACGCUGCCGGUCAGCAGCAUCUCCACAACAGCCAAAGACGAAGAGGAGGAGGAUCGGAAACAAGAUCAUGUGCAAGAUCUCGCUCCAGAACGAGGAGCAGGUACAACGUCGAAUACUAUCCGUGGCUUCAUCCGUACCUCCGGGCUCGCAAAACCGUCAGGGCUAGUCAGAUCACCUACGGAUAGCCUUGCUACAAUACUGCGCAACAGGACCGAGUCCCUUCGCACACGCGCCGAAUCUCUACGGAAUGGUUCCGGGUCUCUCCAGCGUUCGAACCAGAAGCAAUCGCCAAGUCCUCAACCAAUUCUUCCGUCCAGGGACAAUUCGGAAUCAUCACGAUCGGAACGGUCAUUUCAGUCCAUCAAAGAAACCUCACCCGUCCCGGCAAACAGGCCUCCUUCGCCGCCAAAAGUCGCCACGACGGGAAAUAAACCAGAGGAAAAUAAGCAGCCCUCCUCACGACCACCUGCCCCAAGCAAACAAACAACGAAAAGAGUGACCUUGUCAGAGGAACCUCCAUCGUCAGCAAAACCUGAUAAGCCCCGUACGUCAACAAAAAAGAUUUCCGCACUAGCAAAGCCGUCAAAAUUGGACAAAAUAUGCAAGUCUACAUCUAUAACCCCACCCGCGUCUGGAAAGUCUCCUUCUCCUAAGGCGAAGACGCCCGAUGCUUCACAAAAAAAGGAAGAGCAGGUGAAGGCACUGCCUCGUCUCCAUACUUCCGGUAAAGUGUUGGAAAUCGCCGAACUAGAUGGGCUUCAGGUUGCAAGUCCUAAGGAGUCUCUUCAAUCCAACAUCACAGACGUCUCUGCCGAUCUAGGUGACAUGCACUCUGAAGACAAGGCUGAUUCCGACGGCCAGGGACUCAACCCCUUGGCCUUUUCACUUCUUUUCAAUAUUCUUGUUGUUGCUGUCACCCAAGUGAAUAAAGUUCUCCGAAUGGGCAUCGACAGCCCUUAUGCCAAAUUUGUGGUCAAUAAGACCCUGAACAUGACCUGUCACUGUUGGCAUGUCUCCAAAUGCAUCUACGCCACGGUGUCUCACUACCAGGCCACAGGCGCCUGGCCCAAGCCUCGCAGUGACCAGGCUAUCAGCAGGUUCAUGGUGGAACUUCUUCAAGCCAUUGUGUAUCUCUUAAUUCUUGGGUUUACAGCCAUGCUGAUAGCCCGUACUAUUGGCUACGUCGUUCUCGUGAGCAGUUGGAUUGCAUGGUUUGCCAGGCCAUUUGCGUGGGUCUUUCAAUGUGUUGGCCGUGCCAUGAUAAUGUAA